AAUGUCAGGAGUGCAGGGAGAGAGAGGCAGAACGCAGCGUAACAUUCCCACCCAGUCCAGCAUGACUGAUCUUAAACUUCCCUUCUAUCGGCGGUGCAGCAGCGACUUUGGUACAGGUCUUUGAGAGACAGAUAUAUUGCAUUGCCCGAUCCUACCCACUGUUUUCAGCGACAGACCGUAGGGUAGGCUAGAAAAGCAUGAAUAUAGAACGCACUGAGGAGCAAAGAGACGGCACGAGAGGACGGUAACGGUCCGGAUAGAAGAGUUGCUUUGAAGAGGGUGACGGGAGAGACCCACCAUGUGCAGCUCUCUGAGUCCCAAGCAGCCGAUUGGCCCAGGCCUGACGGAUAUGCAGCAGUAUAGCCAAUGGCUGGCCAGCCGCCACGAAGCCAGCCUUUUGCCAAUGAAGGAAGACCUAGCCCUAUGGCUAACCAGCAUGCUGGGUCUGGAGAUCACAGCAGAGAGCUUCAUGGAGCGUUUGGACAAUGGCUUCCUGCUGUGCCAGCUGGCUGAGACGCUACAGGAGAAGUUCAAGCAGAACCAGACUCAGAACCAUGGAGAACUGCCUCUUGGCAAUAGAGAGGCCAUCCCAUGCCGGAGGAUCCCGUGUCGUGCCAGCGCUCCCUCCGGGUCCUUCUUCGCCAGGGACAACACAGCUAACUUCCUGACCUGGUGUCGUCAGGUGGGGGUGGGAGAGACCUGCCUGUUUGAGUCUGAGGGACUGGUUCUUCACAAACAGCCUCGGGAAGUAUGCCUCUGUCUCCUACAGCUGGGAAGGAUAGCGUCUCGGUACAAUGUGGAGCCUCCGGGGCUUAUCAAGCUGGAGAAGGAGAUAGAACAGGAGGAGAAAGUAUCUCUACCCUCACCUGUCUCUCCCUCCCCAUCCCUCUCUCCCUCCCCUUCUCCAAACCCCCCAUCCCCCUCUCCAACCUCUCCAUUCCCCUCUCCAACCAAGUGCUUGUCAUCUAGCAAGAAGAGCACAGGGAAGCUGCUGGAUGAGGCUGUGAAGCAUAUCUUUGAGGAGCCUCCCUGCAAGUGUCCCAAUAAAUUCUGUGUGGAGAGACAGGCUCAGGGCCGCUAUCGCGUCGGGGAGAAGAUGCUCUUCAUCCGGAUGUUACACAACAAGCAUGUGAUGGUGCGUGUGGGAGGAGGCUGGGAGACUUUUGAGAGCUACCUGCUGAAACACGACCCAUGUCGGAUGCUCCAGAUCUCCAGAGUGGAGGGGAAGACCUUUCCCAUGUCCCCCAAGUCCCCCAACACCAAGGACCUCACCCCAGACAGCUACUUGGUGGUGGCCGCACACUACCGCAGCAAGAAGUAAAGAUGGCCGCCUACUACCGCAACAAGAAGUCAACUGACGCUUCAACCAAGGGGAUCAGUUUGAGCAAUGCGAGGAUGGUGGUGGUGGCCUACUACCGCAACAAGAAGUAAAGAUGGCCACCUACUACCGCAACAAAAAGUAAAAAUGGCCGCCUACUACCGCAACAAAAAGUAAAAAUGGCCGCUUACUACCGCAACAAGAAGUAAAAAUGGCCGCCUACUACCGCAACAAGAAGUAAAAAUGGCCGCCUGCUACCGCAACAAGAAGUAAAAAUGGCCGCCUGCUACCGCAACAAGAAGUAAAAAUGGCCGCCUACUACCGCAACAAGAAGUAAAAAUGGCCGCCUGCUACCGCAACAAGAAGUAAAAAUGGCCGCCUGCUACCGCAACAAGAAGUAAAGAUGGCCGCCUACUACCGCAACAAGAAGUAAAGAUGGCCGCCUACUACCGCAACAAGAAGUAAAGAUGGCCGCCUACUACCGCAACAAGAAGUAAAGAUGGCCGCCUACUACCGCAACAAGAAGUAAAGAUGGCCACCUACUACCGCAACAAGAAGUAAAGAUGGCCGCCUACUACCGCAACAAGAAGUAAAGAUGGCCGCCUACUACCGCAACAAGAAGUAAAGAUGGCCGCCUACUACCGCAACAAAAAGUAAAAAUGGCCGCCUGCUACCGCAACAAGAAGUAAAGACAUUCAUGAGGACCUGAGGAAUUGACCUCUGCCUUUCCCAACUAGCAAAACUGAUUGAAAUGACAGUGACACAGAGGGCAAAGCCAGCUGACACAGUGUCAUUCCAACCAGAUUCCAACCAGUUGCAUGUACAGCAUGUCUUCUAGUUGAUGUAAGCCACAGCCGGCCCACCUGAGCUACAGAACAGACAGUGGCCAGCAGGUAUAUAUCUCCUGUCCUAGCAGUCACGGCGAACUAGCGUCAACGUGACAGUUUGAUUUGGAUUUACAGCCUUUGAGAAUUAUCUAUGCAAUCAUUUCGACAAUCAUUUUUAGCCGGGGAUUGAGGCUGGUAUAUUUGGUACUAAAAGCAUGUUUUCUAAUGUUACCUUGUGUGUAUUUUGUUAGACUUUUGUCAUUCAUUCAUUUAAUAGUGUGAAAGUAUAGUAUGACUUCUGUAAUAAUGGAUAUAUUCUGAAUAAUGAUUGGAUACUGGUCAAGCUAAAUCCACCAAUCAUGUUCCUCCUACGGUUCCUCCAAUCAUGGGCUUUCUCCUUUCCUUGUUUUCUAAAUAUGCAGCUACACCACACAAGGGAAGAUAAUCAUGCUCUAAAACAAUAUGUUUUUAAAUGUAAUCCCGCCAUUGGUCACAGUACGGGCUUACCGGUUACCACGCCCAGGGACCUGUCUCUGGCUUGAGCUUUUUUGCUUUAAAGACCAAAGGGUUCCAUCAUUCAUUCUAAUGGAAGUCAACAUUUAAAAUAUGUUUGAAAUAGUGCUACUUUAUUAUGUUAAAAGUCCUGACUAAUAUGAAUAGCUAUACGUAGGAUGUGUUUAUUAUGAUUAUGUAUCUCUGUAAUGUCUAUUAAUUUCUCCAAUGUGCUAUUAUGAGUGAUUUCUCUUUUUUUCCCAUGAGCUAGUUUGUCUCUCCUGUUUUUGAAGUUAAAAGCUUUCGAUAAUUUGUGAAGGAACGCUACUAAAUUAACAUCAUUAUUGUGAGAAGAUUAUUUCUGAGGAUUAAAGAGACAAUCAAAUGUA